ACACUCUCAGAAUUGGUGGACAGCUUGCAAUAAUCUCAAAAUAUUUCUCUUUAACACUCACCGUUGUUACCAGCCGAAAAACAUCUACUGCAGAGUGUAAUAGAGCCUGUACUUGACACCCUCAAAUCUCCCUCACUUGCAACCUUUUCUAUCUGGGUACCACUCUCCCAGGUUUCUACUUGUGUUAUUAGCUUGUCUCAAUCAGUUGAAAACAUCAUGGACAACCCCUCUAAUAACGAGCAGAUAAAUGCCUCCGCUGCCCAAAAUUCAUUGGCAUUAGUACUCGUGGACGAAGAUGAGUGUGCUAUUACUGAAAGGCGUGAACUGGAAAAUGGGACACUCUCACAGAAGGAAUCAGUUGUUGAUGCUUCCAAGAAACUACAGGAUGCCUUGAAACAGGAAGGUCUAAAAAUCAAAAAACAUGAAGACAAUAUUAAUUUUUUAAAGAGACAGGAAAACCUAAUAAAUGAUACCAUUCUUGAUUUGCAAGUUACUCUUGGCAAGUAUCAUUCUUCAGAUGGACUAAUGGCGGAGAGAGACAACCUUUCCAAAACCAAGAGUGAUGUAGAGAUGAUUCAACAUAAUCUAAAGCAUACAAAUUCUGCAGCUGGAAUUGUGUGUCAGCUAAAGACUCACCAUACUCAGGGGUCUCAACUUCCAUUAAUUAAGGGAGUGCUUGGGAUUGUUGCAUCCCUUGGAAAGAUAGAUGAUGAUACUCUUAGCAGGCAUCUGUCGGAGUACUUGGGGACGAAUAAGAUGUUGGCAAUCGUUUGCAAGACCCUGGACAGUGUCAAAGCAAUAGAGUCUUAUGAUAAAGAAGGCUUAGUAAAUAAGUAUGCUGGCAUUCAUGGACUUGGAACAUCUAUUGGACGAACUAUAGAUGGACGAUUUCUUGUCAUUUGUCUUGAAUAUCUUUGCCCAUAUGUUGGUGAUUUUAUUACUGAUGAUCCACAGAGGAGGCUAGAUAUUCCAAAACCAAGAUUACCAAAUGGAGAAAUUCCUCAUGGCUUUAUAGAUUAUGCUGUGAAUAUGAUCAAUAUUGACAGAGAGAACUUAUUCAAUGUCACACAUGAUGGACAUGGCCUAAGAGAGACCCUUUUUUAUCAUCUGUUCUCGCAUGUGCAAGUUUAUCAAACAAGGGAAGAUAUGAUGCGGGCUGUUCCCUUGAUAAGAAAUGGAGCCCUAUCUUUGGAUGGUGGAAUGAUAAUGAAUAAAGGAGACUAUGCUUUGGGCGAUGUGGAAGAAGCAGAUGUGAAAUUCCUGAAAUCCUCUGGACAAUCACAUCCAACAGCAGAAUACUGUGCGAUUGAGGAUCAGAUAAAGAAGACAGAAUGGGAAAAGGAACAUAUAUCAGAUGACCUGCAGAGAGAGCAAGUACUUCUAAAGAAGGCCAAAGCCACUUUUGAUGUCAAAAAGCAAGAGCUUCUACAGUUCCUAGCACAGAGUUCAAACCCUGUUCAAGUUCAGAGUCCAGCAGGUCGAGAUAGGAUGUCACCGGGAGACUGGAUAAAAUCUGAAGUAAAAUUUGAAACCAGUUGAGAAAAUUAAGGGUACGGCCUACCCCAACGCCUGGCAACAAAGGUUUGAUGAGGCCCUUUGCCUGCUGUGAUGGAAUUGCAAAAACUUUCCAUAUGAACUGCGGGGACAGCUCCAGAAGUUAAAAAAAUUAUUUUUAGUUCACAUGAGGAAUAUUUUUACUGCAAGAAUUGUGUUAAUUGGUGCUGGUUCUAUUCAUUUCAACUCUUGAUCCUAUAGUGUGCAUUGCAUGCUGCAAAUUUAGGGAACAAACAUGCAGGAUCAAGUUUACAACGCAUAUCAUGACUUAGUUUUAGCAUUAUACCUUAGCAUUUCGGCCUUCGUUCUUUAGAUUAUGAACCUUCUUUGAUCAUAAUUGCCUCAAUUCUAAGGUUCAUCAUGCCUGUUGAAAUC